AUGCCUGCACGGAGACAACAACCGUACAGAUGGUCUCCCGAUAUUGGUGAUGGGUACGACCGAGACGAGACGUACGACGACCCAGGCUUCCAUGAAGAGCACACACUCGGAGAAGACUACCAUCCCGACUCAUUACCAUCAGCAGAGUACGCUUUGAACCUCUGGUCGCCGUCUCUAUAUCAAGCUGCGCAGUAUGCGUAUCCGGCCUCUCUGCCGUUGAGGCAACUUCACAAUAUUCCCUCUGUAGAUCGCGAGACACCGCCUGGAGAGUCAUGGCAAUCACCGAACACAGUCGUUCCCUCGCACCGAGAGGACAACCAGAGCCAUGUGCAGUCAUGGAUGAACGGUAUGAGUCAACUACACCGUGGGAGCGUAUUCGAAAUGAGUCCCCUAGAUCGUGGAUCAAGCUCGACGUUAGACGACGCUGGGCCUCCAGUUUCCGGCGAUGGCAAGGCACAUGGUUGUACCAAACCAAAAGCGGCUAAGUAA